GAUGCUUAAUUAGAUGUAUAAUUGAAAAGUGUAUUACUACGAAUAAGUAUUAUUCAACUAUUGAAAAUGUUGUCAAUAGUUAACAUGUUAAAUGCAAAUUCUGAAUCAAUAAAUGUUGUUGACUAUCCAGUAGCUGUCAAAUCCAUAUGUUUACCCAAGGCAAGAGCAAGAGUGAAGUAGUGAGUUAUUGAUACUAUCACAAAUUGGUAGAUGCGUUCCGAGUUUUCAUUAUCCGUAAACUAUUGUAAUUACAUUAUUCAAAAAAUAACAAUGCAGCAAAAUAAACCAAACCCGAUUGGAUCCACUAACCAAGAUAGUUAUCAGUAUGUUGGACCGUAUAGGCUAGAGAAGACAUUAGGCAAAGGACAAACUGGUUUAGUAAAACUAGGUGUUCAUUGUGUGUCAGGAAAAAAGGUUGCCAUUAAAAUUAUCAAUAGAGAAAAGUUAUCUGAACCAGUUUUAAUUAAAGUAGAAAGAGAAAUAGCUAUUAUGAAGCUUAUAGAUCAUCCUCAUGUUCUCGGCCUAUCAGACGUAUAUGAAAAUAAGAAAUAUUUAUAUUUAGUUUUGGAACAUGUUUCUGGUGGAGAAUUAUUUGAUUACUUAGUGAAAAAAGGUAGAUUAACACCUAAAGAAGCAAGACGAUUUUUUCGCCAAAUUAUUUCAGCACUUGAUUUUUGUCACAGCCAUAGUAUAUGUCAUCGUGAUUUGAAACCUGAAAAUCUAUUACUCGAUGAAAAAAAUAAUAUUAAAAUUGCUGAUUUUGGAAUGGCUUCGUUACAACCUGCUGGCUCUAUGUUAGAAACAAGUUGUGGUUCCCCACAUUAUGCCUGUCCUGAAGUAAUAAGAGGGCAGAAAUAUGAUGGUCGAAGAGCAGAUGUUUGGUCAUGUGGAGUGAUUUUAUACGCACUUCUUGUUGGAGCUUUACCAUUUGAUGAUGAUAAUUUAAGGCAACUACUUGAAAAAGUAAAACGGGGGGUAUUCCAUAUACCACAUUUUGUUCCUCCCGAUUGUCAAAAUUUAUUGCGAGGUAUGAUCGAAGUAAAUCCAGAUAAAAGACUAACGUUAGCUGAAAUAAAUCGACAUGUCUGGGUAACAGCAGCAGGAAAAGGGGAGUUAGAGUUGGAAUUAUCUAUGAUGGAUGUAGUACAAACUCAUGUAAUUCCGUCCGAAGAUGCUAUUGAUCCUGAUGUCUUACAAGCAAUAGCAAGUUUAGGUUGUUUCAAAGAGCAAGACAAACUUAUUAAGGAAUUACUCAGUCCAAACCACAAUACCGAAAAAGUUAUAUACUUUUUGUUACUUGAAAGAAAACGGAAAAGGCCAGCUUGUGAAGAUGAAUUAGAAAUGGUACGGAAUAAUACACGCGGAAUAAUUAAUCAGCAAGAUGAUCCACCGAAGAAACGCAUCGAUACCUGUAGAAUUAAUGGAAAUAGAAAUUUAAAUUUAGGCCAAAUAAGUCAAGGCUCUCCAGUAACACCAAGGAGACAAUCAAGUAUAAGGCAACAUUCUAAACGAGUAUCAAGUAAUACUUAUAUGCCUGUAACACAUUCAGUGACUUGCAUGCCUAAUACAUCACCAGUAUAUGCUUCGAAUAUGAGCAGUUCACAUAAAGUUAUAUCUUGCUUACAAACCGCUCCAGGGACUAAUUCUAGGCGUUUAUCAUCUAUUACGCCUACUGGAAAUGAUUGUUCAGAUCAAAACAGUUUACCAACUCCUGCUGUAACGAAUAUUGGGAUUGAAAUAUCUGAUUUGCAACAAGUUUCAACUGGAAAUAUUGAGGGAACUCCUGGUUCACCACAUACAUCUGCAAGUUCAGGAGUACAUCAUUGGAGAUCUAGAUUAAAUACUAUAAAAAAUUCAUUUCUAGGAAGUCCACGUUUUCAUCGACGUAAAUUAUUAACAAGUGUAGAUGACGCUCAACUUACUCCAGAAUCAUCUCCAGAACUGACUAAGAAAUCAUGGUUUGGAAAUUUAAUGACAACAGAAAAAGAUGAAACCUUUACGAUAUUAGUAAAAGGAAAACCUCUAGCUACACUCAAAGCUGACUUAAUUCAUGCAUUUUUAUCGAUAGCUGAAUUAUCUCACAAUGUCAGUUCUCCUAUGUCAUUUAGAGUAGAAUAUAAAAGAAAUAAUGCUGGAUCCGUAAUGUUUCAAAGACAGGUUCGAUUUCAAGUUGAUUUGAGUGAAAUAUCAAAACAAUCAUCGGAAUCCCUAUUCGCAAUAACUUUUACUCUACUAAACGGAAACAUUCGACGUUUCAGAAGGAUUUGUGAGCAUAUCCAGUCACAAGUAUGCGGCAAAAGUUCUAUAGUACAUUUAGGAACCACGGGUAAGGGGAACUUAUCAAGUCCACGUACAUCAAGAAAACAUUCAUUAGAAAUGAGUGAAAGUUCGAGCUGUGGAAGUGAUACUAGUGAUAUGCUUUUUGUUGCUUCUCAGUCAAUUACACGACAGAUUAACUCAGAUCUUCAACCACCACAUUCCGUAUUGGAAAUCCAAUCGAUAAUUCAAGGGACAAAUAGUACUUCUUCAACAUCAGCCAUCGAUCAUGUUUCGGAUAGUAAUGCUAUUGUUCAAGGCCAGCACUCUGUGGAUAAAAAGUUUAUAAAAACAAAAAGUGGCAACAAUAUAGCUUGAUACCAUCAAAUAUUUGUUCAAAUUAUUUUACAUGCAAAAUUAAAACAAAA